GUUCCUGAAUUGAGCCGACAGUUGAGUAAAUUUUGUCUGCUUCGAUCGCGGCUUUUAUCAACGCAUUCCUUUCAAAUCCUUGCAGAUUGAUCGGAGGUCUUUGAGGAGCGUAAUUUGGAGGACGGGGGAAUGUGGAAAUUAUUUAGGACUUUGGGGGCCUUUGCAAUAGGAGUGUUGUGAAACUGGGAUGAUUUAGUACAUUGGAAGUCCAACUGAAGGCAGCAGAAAUGGUAAUAUGUAAACAGAAAAUGCUGGAAACAGUCAGCGGGCCAGGUAGCAUCUGUGGCGACAGGAGCGGAGUUAAACUUUCAACUUGAUGACCUUCCGUCUGAACUGGAACGCUGCUACAAAUUCUCCAAGCCUUCUGAAAGACUGAUAACCGCGACCUGGGGACUUGGUAAAGCUUUCAUAUCCGCUCAGAGAGAAGAUGGUGCAGAAAUACCAGUCUCCAGUACGGGUCUACAAGUACUCUUUUGAGAUGGUGAUGGCGGCUUAUGAGAAGAGAUUCCCAACGUGCCCGUUGAUCCCGGUUUUUCUGGGUAGUGAGAAACUCAGUGAGUACAAGAGUGAAGAUGAAUCGCUGCACAUUGUGGAGAGGUGCUGCAAGCUGAAUGUGGAUGCACCACGGCUGCUGAAGAAGAUCGCAGGGGUGGAAUAUAUCUGCUUCAUCCAGAAGAACACCAUGAACUGGAAGGAGCGCACGCUACUGAUCGAGGCUCACAAUGAGACAUUUUCCAACAGGGUCUUCGUCAAUGAGAUCUGCAGUUACAGUGUUCAUCCUGACAAUGAGGAAUGGACUUGCUUUGAACAGUCUGCAUCGCUGGACAUCAAGUCUUUCUUUGGGUUUGAAAACACGGUGGAAAAGAUUGCAAUGAGACAAUACACUGCCAACAUCAAGAGGGGUAAAGAAGUUAUUGAGCACUAUCUGAAUGAGCUGACUGCACAGGGUAUCCGACACAUUCCUCGCUGGACUCCUCAUGUGACUGUUGUUAAAACAGAAAUGGUGCCAGAGUCCAGUCAACCAGCACUCGCACCACUGCCAGAUCUCAGGGUAGAGUUACCGGAAGACCUAGCACAUAGCAGUACCAAAGAACCAUUGACUAGCCUGUGUGGGCAGGAAACACUGCCCACAACACCCGAUGCUGAUAAGCUCGAUGCUGAUUACAUUGAGCGGUACCUGGGGCAACUGACCCCCAUGCAAGAGAGCUGCCUGAUCCAGCUUCGACAGUGGCUCCAAGAAACACACAAGGGCAAGAUUCCCAAGGAUGAACACAUUUUGCGUUUUCUGCGGGCUCGGGAUUUCAAUAUUGACAAGGCGCGAGAGAUCUUGUGUCAGUCACUUACCUGGCGCAAACAAUACCAGGUGGACUAUAUUCUCGAGGUGUGGAGACCCCCACAGGUGCUGAUCAACUAUUAUACAGGAGGCUGGCAUUAUCAUGACAGAGAUGGCCGGCCAUUGUACAUCCUGCGCCUGGGACAGAUGGACACAAAGGGGCUGCUGAAAGCUGUGGGGGAAGAGGCCAUUCUACGACACGUUCUGUCAAUCAAUGAGGAUGGGCAGAAGAGGUGUGAAGAGAACACCAAAGUCUUUGGCCGCCCAAUCACAUCGUGGACCUGCCUGGUUGACCUGGAAGGGCUGAACAUGAGGCACCUGUGGCGGCCAGGAGUGAAAGCGCUGUUGAGGAUCAUUGAAGUCGUGGAAGCAAACUACCCAGAGACAUUAGGCCGGCUGCUGAUUCUCAGGGCACCUCGAGUGUUCCCUGUCCUCUGGACACUGGUCAAUCCAUUCAUCAACGAAAAUACACGUCAGAAAUUCCUCAUCUACAGUGGCAAUAACUACCAGGGCACAGGAGGGCUUGUCGAUUACAUCGACAAAGAGAUUGUUCCUGAUUUCCUGGGUGGAGACUGCCUGUGUAAUAUCCCAGAAGGAGGAAUGGUUCCCAAGUCCUUGUACCAAACAGAGGAAAUGCUAGAAAAUGCAGAUCAAAUCAAACUCUGGACAGAAACCAUUUAUCAGUCAGCCACUAUCUUCAAAGGAGCCCCGCAUGAGAAGGCAAUUGAAGUCCUGGAGGCUUCGUCCGUCAUCACCUGGGACUUUGACAUUCUGAAGGGUGAUGUGGUGUUUAACAUCUUUCAUUCCAAGCGGGCACCUCAGAUCAGUCGCAAGGAUUCAACCAGCCCACUGGUUCCCCUCCCCAGUGGGAAUAAUGUGCAGCUGAUAGAGAAGAGCUGGGUGCUGGGUGUGGACUACAGCCCAGUGGAAACACCACUCAUCUGUCGGGAAGGAGAAAGUAUCCAGGGUUCACAUGUGACUCGCUGGCCUGGAUUCUACAUCUUGCAGUGGAAGAUGCAUAGUCCCUGGUCAUGCUCCUCAAACCUCCCUCGCGUCGAUGAUGUUCUAGCUUCUUUACAGGUGUCCUCCCACAAAUGCAAAAUCAUGUUCUACACUGAGGUGCUGGCAUCGGAAGAUUUCAGGGGGUCCAUGACUAGCUUGGAGUCCUGCCAGAGUGGAUUCUCGCAACUCAGUGCUGGCACCACCUCCUCCAGCCAGUCUCAAAGCAGCUCACACAUUUCCAGAUAGGAAGCCCUUGGACUGUGACACAUUUGUCACAAGCCACUGAACCAGCGAGCUACAGCUGCCUCAGGACCAGGUGCAACGUUGGCUGCUCCCAUUAGCUUGGGUGCUGGUUGAACGAACACCAGCCUGUCACUCAUCUCAUUUCAGUGCAAUAUCACAGGACACUGUGUAGCAUUUCCAGGUUUGAUGUCCGCUGUAUUGUACGAAGAGGACACACUUCACUUGUUUGGUCUCUUAGGCUGUGUGUUGAAUAACAGCUUUGAACAUUGUCUUCCAGACAGAAAGGACAAUGGGGAGGAAGGGCCUUUAGCUCAGUCUUCCCUGGCCCAUGUACAGGGUGAUCCAUGGCAUGGGCUCCUUAUUGCCCAUUUAUCCUUUCCAGCAAAACUUCAGAAUAUCCAAUCUUACAAUUUAACUUUGUAUUGCCCAGGACAGAAGCUAUUCACCAGUCACCCGUGCAGGUUGGAAAUCAUAGUGUUUGAUUGUCAAAAAUGCACUGAGCCAUCACUCUUGUCCUAAAGAGAUUCACUCAGUUCUUUAACUGCUUUUGCUACAAGGAAUUUUUUUCUAAUUCAGAACUUACUUGAUGCUGAUUACUUUUAUCCUCCAGGCCUACAGUUCUGGGCCCAUUGUCCUGGCUAAAUAACCUGCAUACAUCCCUGUUACUCAUUUGUCCUGGCAUCUUACAGACCUGAAACAUGACCAUCUGCACCCCCAUCUUAUUUUCUCUGGUGGCAACCAAUUGAAUUCCAUAGUCCCUUUGUUGUCCAGAUUACUCUUGUCUGAACCUUCUGCAGCAUACCAAAGUACUUUUGCAGGUUGUGUGUCACAAAUUAUUUAAGAUGUGGCCUUGUGAAUGAUCUAUGCAAAGUUAGGACAAUGAGUUUCCUAAGUGCCUGUGACGCCUUUAUUUCAAGGAGGAUGAGUAUAAAAAUAGGGAAACCUUGCUACAAUUGUACGGAGCAUUGGCGAGACCAUACCCAGAGUACUGUGUACAGUUUUUGUCUCUUUACUUAAGGAGGGAUAUACUUGCAUGGCAAGCAGAGAAGGUUCAUUGGGCUGAUUUCUGGAAUGAAGGGACUGUCUUAUGAGGACAAGUUGAACAGGUUGGGCCUGUAUUCAUUGGAGUUUAGAAGAAUAAGUGAUGAUCUUAUUGAAACAUAAAAUUCUGAGGGGGAUUGACAGGGUAGGCACUGAGAGGAGAAUCUGGAAAUAGGGGGCACAAUUUGAAAAUAAGGGGUCUCCCAUUUAAAGCACUUUUUUUUUUUUCUGUGUGUGUCCUUGGUCUUUGAUAUUCUCUUCCAGAGAAAGCAGUGGAGACUGGUUCAUUGAAUAUAUUCAAGGCUGAGUUGGACAGAUUUGUGAUGUAUAAGGGAGUCAAGGGUUAUGGGGGGCAGGCAGGAAAGUGGAGUUAAGAUCACCAUCAGAUCAGCCAUAAUCUUAUUGAAUGAAGGAGCAGGCUCAAUGGGCCGAAUGGCCAAAAUUCUGUAGAUUCUGGGCUGAAUCUUGCUCCUAUUUCUUAUGAUCUUAUGCCUGAAGGGAGGAAGCUGAAGGUAUAUCAGUUACUAUCCUAAUUCUAAAAACUUUGCUCAUUCAUCAAGGACUGAGUUUCCCAAAUCUUUGAGCAUUAUCCUAGACUUAGGCAGAUUAAACUGCAAUUGGCUUUCCUGAGUCCUCCUCCACUUUUAUUGAUCCAAUUCUUCUGGAUGGUACCAAUCUCUUUAAUACCCAAAGCCCAGGCACAUAGUGCCCGUCCACCUUCUGAUUUACAAUUAGGUGGAUUUUAAAAUCUAUAACCGAAUUCUGAAGUUUGAACACAGAUCAUAUUUUUUUAACUGAAGACUGUUAAACACCAGGGAAAAACCCCACUGGGGCAUACUGCUACCAGAAAUGCUGACAACUGACUGGGGUUACUUGUUAGCAGGAGUGCCGCUGGCAUUGGGGAGGGGGGUGGGGGGGUUUUACAGUGGGUGGUGGAGAAAAAAAUAAAAUUCCCUUAGCUUUGUUGACCCCCGAUUCUCUGCUGAGGAUUUCACAAAUUUUGAACAUCCUCCUCCCCCUCCUUAACCUCUUACUCCAGUGAUACAACCCAGACCAGUGUUGGCUGCUGCAACACAUGUAAUAACUCCCAUCACGGCUUCUGUGUUAUGACCGCUUAAUGGCCUCACCUUUACUGUGACAUAUCUAGGAUCAACCUGUACAGCAACUGGCCCGUGUACAGCACCCAUUUAAUCAGCAGGGUAAGGGUCACAUCUCUUGUCACUUUCCAGUCUAUGACUGGUCUGAUAGCCACAAAUUCUUAGUUGUGAAUUCUCACAGAAAUGAGAAGCAGUACUACUGUGAUAAUAAAAAACAAAAACAGAAUUA